CCCACGCGUUGGCUUCCGAAUGCCUCUCCUCUGGGGGGUUUCCGAGCUUCAUCCGACUCGUCGUCCCGCCGAAGAAUCGCGUCCCACCAACGGCACUAGCAACCGCCGUUCACCUUGAUCUGGACCCGAUCGAGACUUCGAGUCCAACUCGACCGCGUAAUCUUCGCUCACGCGUCAAUAAUGGCGGGGCUAUAAACUCCACCACUCACACGACCCAGCGAGUCUCCCACACGCACGGAUCCACUCCACUGGGCCCACUCGGCCUCAUGGCGGCGGCGCCGGAGGCGGCGUCCUGCGACGGCAGCGGCGCGCGCAUGACGCUGAACUGCAGCCACGGCGGCCGCUUCCUGCCCCUCGGCCCCGGCGGCGCGCUGCGGUACGUGGGCGGCAAGACGCGCGUCCUCGCCGUGCCGCGCGCCGCGACCUUCCGCGACCUGGCGGCGCGGCUGUCGCCGGAGGUGGCCGGCGGCGCGGAGGUGCGCGCGAUCAGGCACCGCCUCGCCGACGAGGGCCUCGAGGACGUGAUCGUCUCGGUCACCUGCGACGACGAGCUCGCGCACAUGCGCGACGAGUACGACCGCCUGCGCGCCACGCGGCCAGCCGCCAGGUUCCGGGUUUACGUCACCACCAGCGCUCCUGCCGGUUCCGCCGCCGCCGGCGACUUCCAAGGGCGGAGAGCGGCGUCAGGGCUCCCACCCCUCCUCGACCCCAAGAUGCGACGCGUCAAGAGCGUGGAGGCGCAGCUGCACCGGUGCCCCGCCUUGCCAGCGCCGAUGCGGCGGAUCCAGAGCGCAAUGGAGUUCGCACGGGCCAUCCAAGUCCAACCGUGUCCUUCCGCCACCGGCGCCAGCAGGAGAGCUGCCGCAACAGUCAGCGCCGUGACCUGUGCGCGGCCGCGCCGCCGCUGGCGCGUCCAGUGGACGCACUGCCCGGCAUGUCCAAGAAAGUAGCUGCUCCUUCGGUGCCCGCGGCGAUGGCAACAGGGCGGCUGGUCUUCACAGAUGCCGCAAGGGGGAAGGCGAGGAGCAGAAGCCUCCUGGCGGCCAUGGAGAACAGAAGAGCGAUCUGGGAGUUGGCUAGUUAGGGCUUAGAUUGUGUUGACGGUUAUUGCCAAGCUGUAAAUACAGAUUGCUGUGUAAAUACAGUUUUUGAAAUACAAUAUUAUUUUAUAAUUUGUAA